AUGGCAGACCCUAGAGUUUACAACAUGGAUUACUUCACAGACAAAACCUACUCAAGCAUAACCCCAACCCUCUCCUUAUCCCUAAACCGUCUCAAGCGCCCCUUCACAGUCUGCGUAAUCGGUGCUUCCGGGGCGAUUGGCGCUGGAGUCGCCAGAUCCUACGCGCUUGCUGGAUGUAGCGAUCUCAUUCUCGCGGGGAGAAAUCUCGAAGCUCUGAAGGCUGUCUCCAAGGAUAUCGUCUCUGAAAAUGAUAAUAGCUCAGAGGAGCAACCGAGGACGCAUGUUCAGCACUGCGAUAUUGCAUCCCCGGACUCCGUCCAAACACUCUCGGAAUUCAUCUCCUCCUCCUUCUCAGCUCUAGAUUGCGUCGUACUGGUCAGUGGCAUAUCCGGCCCCGUCGAACUACGCAUCACAGACGGGUCCCCAACAGACAACGAAUGGGCGCAGGUCUUCAACACCAAUGCCCUAGGCACAUAUCACGUCUCGCACUACUUCAUCCCUUUACUCCUAAAGUCAGAGACAAAAUCGUUUCUGGUGGUAGGUUCAAUCGCAGCAUGCAUAACGAAGGGACCAAUAGCGAAUACCAAGUACUGCGUUAGUAAACUUGCGCAGGCACGGAUUGUGGAGUGCGUUGCUGAGCAGUUUGGUGCCGAGGGGUUGCUGGCGGUUAGUGUGCAUCCGGGGGCUGUAGGGAGUGAGAAUGCGCUUAAGACCGCGCCGAGGGAAUUCAUCAAGUAUUUGACGGAUGAUCCGAACCUGUGCGGCGCAUUUUGCGUCUGGUUGAGUCGAGAUAUAUCUCGAUUUUCAUGGCUGAAUGGGAGGUUGGUGAGCGCUACUUGGGAUCCAGAAGAACUACUUGCGAGGAAGGACUACGUUGUUAUGGGUGAUUUGUUCAAGUUUGAGGCUAGGACAAACUUGAAUCUAGAUAUCUGA